AUGGAGAGAUCCCCCUCCCAGGACUGGGCCACCGAGCCCAUCGCCAUCGUCGGCCUCAGCUGCAAGCUGGCCGGCGAGGCCAGCAGUCCCCAGAAGCUGUGGGAGAUGCUGGCCGCGGGGAGGAGCGGCUGGUCCGAGAUCCCUGAGGAGCGGUUUAACCUGGCUGGCGUGUAUCAUCCCAAGCGCGAUAAGCUGAGUACUACUGAUGUCCGCGGCGGACAUUUCAUGGAUGAGGAUCUGGGGUUAUUCGAUGCUCCGUUCUUUAAUUUUUCGGCGGAGAUGGCCACGACCAUGGACCCCCAAUUCCGCCUGCAACUGGAAUCCGUCUACGAGGCGCUGGAAAACGCCGGGAUUCCCCUCCCCACCAUCACCGGCUCGAACACGGCCGUGUACGCCGCCCUGUUUGUGCGCGACUACCGCGACAUGAUGAUGCGCGACGAGGAGUCGCUGCCGCGGUUCUACCCCACGGGCAACGGCGACGCCAUGUCAUCCAACCGCGUGUCGCACUUCUUCGACCUUCGCGGGCCCAGCUUCACCCUCGACACGGGGUGCUCGGGCGGUCUGGUGGCGUUCCAUCAGGCCGUGCAGGGUCUGCGUUCAGGCGAGUCGGACAUGGGGCUGGUGUGUGGCGCCAAUGUGAUGCUGAAUCCGGAUAAUUUCAAGGUGAUGGCUUCGGUUGGGCUCCUCUCGCCCGACGGCAAAUCCUACGCGUUCGACAGCCGCGCCAACGGCUACGGCCGCGGCGAAGGCAUCGCCACCCUCGUCAUCAAACGGCUCUCCGACGCCCUCGCCGCCGGAGACCCCAUCCGGGCCAUCAUCCGCGAAACCGGCCUGAACCAGGACGGCAAGACCGAGACCAUCACGACCCCCAGCGGCGACGCCCAGGUCGCCGUCAUCCAGGACUGCUACCGGCGCGCAGGCCUCAACCCCCGGGACACGCAGUACUUCGAAGCGCACGGGACGGGCACCCUCACCGGCGAUCCGAUCGAGGCGCGGGCCAUCGCGACCGUCUUCCAGGAGGGGCGGACGGAGUCUGACCCGCUCCGGAUCGGGUCUGUCAAGACGAAUAUCGGGCAUACCGAGUCUGUCAGUGGGCUGGCGAGCCUGAUCAAGGUGGUGCUGGCGAUGGAGAAGGGGAUGAUACCGCCGAGUAUCAAUUUCGAGAAGCCGAAUCCGAAGCUCGCGCUGGAGGAGUGGCGUCUGAAGGUGGUGACUGAGCUCGAGGCCUGGGAGGUUCCCACCGACGGGGUGCGGAGGGCCUCGAUUAAUAACUUUGGGUAUGGCGGCACGAACGCGCAUGUUAUUGUGGAGGAUACCUCCGCCGCCUUGAAGCGCAUCCCCACCGGGGGGGCGAAUGGCCCUGCCCCCCUGGACUCGCAGCUGCUGGUGCUGAGUGCCCGCGACGAGUCGGCCUGCAAGCAGAUGGUCGCCAACCUGAAGGAGCAUCUGCAGCAGAAGCAGCUGUCCGAAGCCGAGGAAUCCCACUUCCUGCAGGAGCUGAUCUACACCCUCGGCGAACGCCGCACGCGCUUCCCGUGGAUCGCGGCCCAGCCGGUCCCCACCACGACGGGGCUCGCCGGCGUCAUCCAAGCCCUAUCCACCCCCAAGUUCACCCCCCGGCGGACCACCAAAGCCCCCCGCAUCGGGAUGGUCUUCACCGGCCAGGGCGCGCAAUGGCACGCCAUGGGCCGCGAGCUGAUCGCCGCGUACCCGGUCUUCCGCGCCUCGCUCCAGGAGGGCGACGGCUACCUGCGCGCCCUCGGGGCGACGUACUCGCUGGUGACAGAACUGGCCCGCGACGCGGCCAGCUCCCGCAUCAACCAAGUCGAGCUGAGCACGCCGCUCUGCAUCGCCGUGCAGAUCUCGCUCGUGCGCCUGCUUCACUCCUGGGGGGUGCGCGCCGAGGCCGUGACCAGCCACUCCAGCGGCGAGAUCGCGGCCGCGUAUGCCGUGGGAGCCCUAACCUACGCGUCUGCCAUGGCCGUGGCCUACCACCGCGCCGUGCUCGCCUCCGACAAACGCCUGCGCGGGCCGUCCCCGGGCGCCAUGAUCGCGCUGGGCGUGGGCGCCGACGAGUCCGAGGCCUACCUGGCCCGUCUGACCGGGUCCGGCACCGCGGUGGUCGCCUGCGUGAACAGUCCGUCCAGCACGACCGUCUCGGGCGACGAAUCGGCCGUGCUGGAGCUGGAGGCGCUCGCCUCGGCAGACAGCGUCUUCGCCCGCCGGCUGAAAGUCGAGACGGCCUACCACUCGCACCACAUGAGCCCCAUCGCCGACCCCUACCGCGAUGCCCUGGCCGGCCUCUCCUCCGGCCUGUCCGACGGCGACGACGACGACGACGACUCCUCCCAGAUCGCCUUCUCCUCGCCCGUCACCGGCAACCGCAUCACCAUCCUGGACCAGCUGGCCGACCCGGACCACUGGGUCGACAGCCUGCUGCAACCGGUGCAGUUUAUCGACGCCUUCACCGACAUGGUGCUCGGCGACGGCGACGCCUCGUCCACCGCCGUCGACCUCAUCCUCGAAGUCGGCCCGCACACGGCCCUGGGCGGCCCGAUCAAGCAGAUCCUGUCCCUGCCCGAAUUCACCGGCGCCACGCUGCCCUACUUCGGGUGUCUGGUGCGCAACACCUCCGCGCUGGCCAGCAUGCAGUCGCUGGCCGCGAGUCUACUCGCCGAGGGGUACGCCCUCAACCUGGACGCCGUCAACUUCCCCCACGGCCGUCCCGCGUCCCUGUCCGUGCUGACCUCCCUCCCGUCCUACCCCUGGAACCACCAGACGCGCCACUGGUUCGAAGGCCGCUUCAACCGGGCUCUCCGCGCGCGCGCCCUCCCCCCCCACAACCUCCUCGGCACGCUGGUCCUCGGCACGAACCCGGAGUCCCCCUCCUGGCGCAACAUCCUCAAGCUCGCCGACACCCCGUGGGUGCGCGAGCACGUCGUGCAGAACAACAUCCUGUACCCCGGCGCGGGCUUCAUCUGCCUGGCCAUCGAGGCCGCGAGGCAGCAGACCACCCUGCUCGCCCCCUCCCAGACCAUCAGUGGCUUCCGCCUGCGCAGCAUCGACAUCCUCCAAGCCCUCGUCGUCCCAGACACGGCCGAGGGCAUCGAGGUCCAAACGACCCUCCACCCCGUCAGCGACCGGCAAAUCGGCGCCCGAGGCUGGAAGGCCUUCGAGAUCGCCUCCGUCACGCUAGACAACCACUGGACGGUGCACGCGCGGGGGCUCAUCAUCACCGAAACCCAGGCCACCGCUGCACCCUGGCCCCUGGCGCGCCCCGCCGGCCUGACGGGGUACACCCGCCACGUGGCGCCCAGCGACCUCUACACCUCCCUGCGCGCGGUGGGGAUCAACCACGGGAAGAUCUUCCAGGGGAUCACCGCCAUCGAACAGUCGGGCGAUAACUCGCGCGCCGACUCGUGCCUCUUCGUCCCCGACACGGCCAUGGCGGACGAUCUGCCGCAUUUCGCGGUCAUUCAUCCGACGACCCUGGACCUGGUCAUUCAGACGAUCUAUGCGCCGUUGCUGGGCACGCAGGGGGAUGAUGGCGCGAAGGUCCCGAGGUCGAUUGGGAGUCUGUGGGUUUCGGCUGGCAUCGAGCAUGCGCCGGGACAUGGGUUCCGGGCGUUUACGAGUCUGAGGCAUGCGGAUGCGCAGACGCUGCGGGCGGAUGUGGUCAUGGCGGAUGAGGGGGAUGGGGAGGGAGCGCCGGUGCUGGAGAUGAGAGACGCCGUUUGUCAGUCGCUGGGGAGGAGCGCGGGGGGUGGUGAUGCGGAUGCUGCGGAGAAGGAGAUCUGUAUGAAGCUGGAGUGGGGGGUGGACGUUUCUCUUGCGGAUCGGGAGACGCUGACGGGGCUGGUCUCUUCUGCUGCUGCUGAGGAGGAGGAGGAGGGGGGGAAGGGUGAGGGUGAGGCGGUGGAUGAUCUGCGCCGUCUCGCCGGGUGGUUUGUGGGUGAUGCGCUGGCGUCACUGACGUCGACUGAUGUGGGCCGGCUGGAGGGCCAUCUUGCGCGGGUCUAUGCGUGGAUGAAGACGCAGGGAGCGUCCGGGGGGGCGAGGGUGAGUAUGGAGGCGGGGGAGAGACAGGCCCUAACUGAGCGGGUGCGUCAGGGCAGCGUGGACGGCGAACUCCUCUGCCGGGUGGGGCCGCACCUCGCAUCCAUCCUGCGGCGCGAGAUUGCUGCCGCGGAUCUGAUGAAUGAGGACGGGCUGUUGGGGAGAUAUCGCAGCGGCAAACCCGCGGGCUCGCAUCCUGGAGAUCGGGGCUGGGGCGGCCGCGGCGGGAAUCACCCGGCAGGCGUUGCAGGCCCUGGGCACGGCGGAGACGGGGGGCCCCGGGCGGAGGUGUAUCACGUCACUGCUGCGACGGGGGCGUUGGAGGAGAUCCAGGCCGAGCUGCAGGCCUGGGGGGACGUGCUGCAGGUCGGCAAGUUGGACGUGCAGGCCGAUCCGAUGACGCAGGGGUUCGAGCCGGAGAGCUUUGAUAUCGUGCUUGUGGGGCCGGGGAGCUCCGUCGCAGGGUCGAUGGAGAAUGUCCGCAGCUUGAUGAAGGCCGGGGGGACCCUGUUGCUGCUGGAGAGCCGUGAGCAGGCGGAGGUGGUGUGUACCCUGGGUCUGCUGCCGGAGUGGUGGGAGGGACGGCAGGCCGUGGCCUGGGAUGAGACGCUGCGAACGACAGGCUUCUCCGGUGUCCAGCUGGCUGUCGGACACGAGACGCAGACCAUCCUGUCGGUCGCUGGCCCCGUGCCGGUCAGGUCCCUCGCCUCGGUCCCCCUCGUCCUGGUCACCCGGCUGCUGGCCCCCCCGGAGGCGAGAUGGCUGGCCUCCCUGCAGGCCCGGCUGGGCGUGACGGAGGUGCUGGCCCUCGAGACCGCUCCGGUCGACGCCUACCAGGGCAAGAUCGCGCUGUUCGUGGGCGAGAUCGACCGGCCGCUCCUGCACGGGCUGGACGAGGCCGGCCUCGACGGCGUCCGGGCGAUGGCCAUCCACAGCCGCGACCUGCUGUGGGUGACCAGCGGCGGCGCCGUCGACUGCGAGAGGCCCGAGAUGGGGCUCGCCCCGGGCUUCGUCCGCACCCUGCGCCACGAGUACAUCGGGCGGAAGUUCGUCACGCUGGACCUGGACCCCACGGCCGAUCUCUGGGCCGACGCCAGCGUGGAGACCAUCGCCCGCGUCGUGACUGCCAGCUUCGGCGUCCCGCAGCCAGCUCCCACGCAGGCGUCGGCGGAGGAGCUGGAAUACGCAGAGCGCGGGGGCUCCAUCCUGGUGGCGAGAAUGUAUCGCGACGGGGCCCGCAACCGGGCCAUCAACCCGACGGCGGUCGACUGGGCGUCGCCCGAGUCGAUCCCCGUCGAGCCGCUCUUCCAGGCCGAUCGGCCCCUGGCCCUCCGGGUCGGCAUGCCCGGUCUGCUGGACACGAUUGCCUUUGACGACGACGUCGACGCCCCCGACGGCACGCGGUUCCCGCCGGACCUGAUCGAGAUCGAGCCGCGGGCGUACGGGGUCAACUUCCGGGACGUGAUGGUGGCGAUGGGCCAGCUGGAGGAGCGCGUGAUGGGGCUGGACGCUGCAGGCGUCAUCACCCGCGUGGGCAGCCGGGCGGCCGCCCAUGGAUACGCCGUGGGCGACGAGGUGUUUGCCAUGUUGCGAGGCGGAUACGGCAGCCGCGCGCGCACGGAGUGGCAGCUGGCGAUGCACCUCCCCCCGAACCUCGACUUCGCGCAGGCGGCCUCGGUGCCCGUGCUGUUCAUCACCGUCUACCUGGCCUUCUACCAGGUGGCCCGGCUGGAGCGCGGCCAGACGGUGCUGAUCCACGCGGCGGCCGGGGGCGUCGGGCAGGUGGCCAUCCAGUUCGCGCAGCUCAUCGGGGCGGAGAUCUUCGCGACGGUGGGCUCCCCCGAGAAACGAGCCCUGAUCAUGGACCGCUACGGCAUCCCCGCCGACCACAUCUUCCACAGUCGCGACACCUCCUUCGCGGCGGGCGUGCGGGCUGCCACGGACGGGGCGGGCGUGGACGUCGUGCUGAACUCCCUGGCCGGCCCUCUCCUCCAGGAGAGUCUCAACCUGGUGGCGCCCUUUGGCCACUUCGUCGAGAUCGGCAAACGCGACCUCGAGUCCAACAGCUUCCUCGAGAUGCGGCCGUUCGCGCGGCACAUCUCGUUCUCGGCCAUCGACCUGCUGGCCUACUCGCGCCAGAAGCAGGCCGUCAUCCACCGCGCCAUGGCCGAGAUCGCACGACUGCUCGAGCAGGGCGCCCUCAGUCCGGUCCACCCGGUGACGACCUACCCACUGGCCGACAUCUCGCAGGCCUUCCGCCUGUUGCAGGCGGGCAAACACACGGGCAAGGUCGUGCUCACGGUAUCCCCGACCGAGCAGGUCCGCGUCCUCCCGCGGGGCCCAACGGCACAGCUCCGCCCGGACGCAUCGUACCUGCUGGUGGGCGGGGCUGGCGGCAUCGGGCGGUCGAUGGCGCACUGGCUGGCGGCGCAUGGGGUGCGCAACCUGAUCAUCCUCUCGCGCAGUGCAGCCACCCACCCGGCGGCCGCAGCCCUAACCGCCGAGCUGGCGCCGACCUGCCGCGUCCUGGCGCUGAGCUGCGACGUCACCUCGCCCUCCUCGCUCUCCCAGGCCCUCCAGACCUGCCGAUCCACCCUGCCCCCGAUCCGCGGCGUCAUCCAAGCCGCCAUGGUCCUCCGGGACACGGUGCUCGAACGCAUGACCCUGUCCGACUACCACGCGGCACUCGCCCCCAAGACCACCGCCAGCUGGAACCUGCACUCCCAGCUCGACGGAUCCGGCCCACUCGACUUCUUCAUCUUCCUCUCCAGCAUGUCCGGCGUCUACGGCAACGGCAGCCAAGCCAACUACGGCGCGGGCAACGCCUACGAAGACGCACUCGCGCACCACCGGGUCACCCACGGCCUCCCCGCCGUAGCCCUCGACCUGGGCCCCGUCAAGGGCGUCGGCGUGCUCGCCACCAACACCGAGAUCGCCCGCCGCAUGACGCGCGCCGGGCACUUCCCCGUCUCCGAGUCGCAGGUGCUACGCCUCCUCGAGUCCGCCAUCCUGAACCCCUUUGCGCGCCAGAUCGUCGUCGGCCUGAACAGCAGCCCCGGGAAACACUGGGACCGGGACAGCGAGUCCCAACUCGGCCGCGACGCGAGAUACAUCGCCCUGCAAGCCCGCGUCUCCUCCUCCACCUCCACCUCCACCUCUUCCACCACCAACGGUAGUUCAGGCGGGUUGGCACACGCCCUCUCGCAGAUCCGGACCCGCGCCGAAGCAGAAACCCUCGUCACGGCCGCCAUCAUUGCCAAACUGGCCGAGAUCUUCCUGAUUCCUGUGGAGGAUAUCGAUGCGGGCAAGACGCCGUCGGACUAUGGGGUGGAUUCGCUGGUGGCGGUCGAGUUGCGGAAUAUGUUGGCGUUGCAGGUCGCGGCGGAGGUGAGUAUCUUUAGUAUUAUGCAGAGUGGGUCGUUGAGGGAGUUGGCCGGGGAGGUGCUGGGGAGGAGUGGGUUGGUUGAUGUGGGGGGAUUGGAGUAG